UGCCAUUGCGGUUUUUUGUAUUGUCGAUGUACCGUCAUUGAAUUCAAUAAAAUUGUUUAUUUAUACUUUCCUAUUUUAUCAAUUUGUGCAAAAUGAUGAAUUGUUCUGCUUGUAUGAAGUUGAUUAAAUCGUCAGAGGGAAUAACAUGUACGCGUAAAAGUUGCGUAAAACAAUAUCACCUUCUAUGCGUGAAUAUAACACCUGACAAAUUGAGAAGCCAUAAAUCCUGGACGUGUUGUAAAGAGCCGCGUCAAGGUGACAAUUCAAAUACCCCAUUAAGGCGAGUGGACGACUCGGAGACACCAACAGAUAGUGACUUCGAAAAUGUUACCAAGAGGAAGCCAGGCAAAUCUUCAAAUAAUCACCCACUCGUUUUUAACAACCAAGACUCGUUACGUUCUGAGCUCCGCCUGAUCUUGAAGGAAGAACUAAAACAAAUUCUUUCAGCCGAAUUGCAACCGUUGAAGGAAAAACUUACCGAUUUGGAUACAUCUUUGACUUUCAUAAGCAGUCAAUACGAUGAAAUGACCAAACUACUUAUGGCGAAUAAAAAUGAAUUGAAAUGUUUAUCGGAGGAGAAUAAAAGCCUCCGGGAAGACCUUAAAACAUGUGCAUCGCGUAUUAAACAGCUAGAAACAGAGAAUAUGCGCCAGCAACAAUGGUCACGUCUCAACAAUAUCGAAAUCACUGGUGUUCCAGAAUGCAAAACCACUACCGAUCUGGAAGUUGUGAUGAAGGUAGCGGAACGAAUCGGAGCACCAGUUAAGGCUGCUGAUGUUGAGUUUGCACAUCGUAUUCAGCCAUAUCGCACAGGUUCUGCACAACAUUCUCGCGCCAUAGUUGCACGAUUUAAACAGCGUUCCACUAAAGACGCAGUGAUAGCCGCAGCCCGAAAGAUUCGUUACAUUACAGCAGAGGCCAUCGGCAUUGGAAGUAUAAAUGAUAAGAUAUAUGUAAACGAACAUCUGACUAGAACAAACAAAGCACUAUUACGGGAGUGUAAGCAGAAAUCAAGGGAGAUGAAUUACAAAUUCGUUUGGACAAAAAACUGCAGAAUCUACAUCAGAAAAAACGAGAGCUCCCCACCUAUACCUAUCACUAUACAAGCGGAUUUAAUAAAAAUAACUUAAUUAUAGUUCUGUACAAACAAUUAUUCGAGAUCUGUUUUACAACGAAAUAUUUCAUUUUUUCUAUGUUCUAUAUAACUUUUCGUAUAAUUGUCGAGUCUCGCAACCGAUUUGAGUGGUCUUUUUGUUAUUAUAUUCUGACAAAUUAUACAUAUGUUCAUAUUGUGCAGGGAUUUCAAAACUCAAUUAUUUUUAUAUAUUACAUAUACUGUUCUAACAUUAUUCACACUCAACUUAUUAAACUAAUAAACAUGAUUAAUAUACCGAGAACUGGUCUGAAUAUGCAUAUAUACAUAACUAAAUAUUAUAUCGGAACAUUUACUGCUGAAUUAUGUUAUUGUAGGCUUAUUUUAUAUGUACAACGCCAUCUGAACACACAUAUAUACAUAAUUAAAAGUUCCGUAGAAACGUUUAUGCAUAUUAUGACACGCCAGAAUUUUAUAUCGCAUAACCCUACCCCCGGAUGUCUAGCAUUGAUUUUAACUUCAUAUAGAUUACUACUAUCUUGGAUAAAAACGCUGUGUAUUGCACCCUUGUAUAUUGUACUUCACACAGUAAACUACUAUUGUAUGUUAUUAAUUUAUAUAGUGAUUAACAGGAUAUACCGUAAUUAUGGCAAUAUUUCUUUUUUUAUUAAAAAUGGCGCAAAAACAUAAUAUUAAGCUUCAGUUGUUGUACCAAAAUGUUAGGGGACUCAGAACCAAAACAAAUACGUUUUAUAAAAAUACUUUUUGCUUAGAUCACGCUAUUAUACUAGUGACAGAGACCUGGCUUUGUGAGGCGAUCUUAAAUAGCGAACUUUGUGACAGUAAAUAUGAUAUUUUUCGUCGGGACCGUGGAUCGCUCGGUGGUGGUGUAAUGAUCAUCUGUGCAUCGCAUUUAAACGCACGCGCAAGACCUGAAUGGGCGAUUGCCGGUAUAGAAUGUAUUUGGACAACGAUACCUUCUCAUUCUCUCAAAAUUGCUCGUAACCUACACAUUUUAGUUGUUUACCUACCACCCGAUAAGAAUAUACCGACACAUCUAGGACAAUUGUCAGCAAUGCUCGAUAGAGUAAUUGACGACAAUCCUAAUGACCUAUUUUUAUUGGCGGGAGAUUUUAAUCUGCCUUGUGUUAGAUGGGAUGUUCACGGACCCACUUUUAUUAAAAAUGGCUCUGUAGAUUUGCAGACCUCUGCGAUUGAUUUCAUGCAGCAUCUAAUGUUUCGAGGAUUUAAGCAAUAUAAUACUCUAACUAAUUCAUGCAACAACACGCUCGAUUUGGCAUUCUCUAAUUUUUCUAUAGAUGUUGUUAAAGCCUACCACCCAUUGGUGCCUGAGGAUAUUUUUCACCCAGCCUUAAGUAUUAAUGCGAGCAAUAUUAAGAUACCAUACUUCAAACCUCGUCAACAGAAAAGGUAUCAGUUUUUUUAAAUCAGAUUUUGAGUCGUUGAACAAGUAUUUUUCUACACAGAAUUGGACUUGUUUAUAUGAUUCUUUUGACAUAGAGGAUAUUACUGCGAAAUUUUAUACCAUUCUUAAU